AUGGGGGAUCCAGGCCAGCGCCCUAGUCCCCGGUCCCCCCACGGCAGUCCCCCAACUCUAAGCACUCUCACUCUCCUGCUGCUCCUCUGUGGAUAUGCUCACUCUCAGUGCAAGAUCCUCCGCUGCAAUGCUGAGUACGUGUCGUCCACCUUGAGCCUCAGAGGCGGGGGCUCCCCGGGGGCGCUCCGAGGGGCGGGCGGCGGGGGCCGGGGCGGCGGGGGCUCCGGCGGCCUCUGCCGGGCGCUCCGCUCCUACGCGCUGUGCACGCGGCGCACGGCGCGCACCUGCCGCGGGGACCUGGCCUUCCACUCGGCGGUGCACGGCAUCGAGGACCUGAUGAUCCAGCACAACUGCUCCCGCCAGGGCCCCACGGCGCCGCCCCCGGCCCGCGGCCCCGCCCUGCCCGGCGCCGGCCCCGCGCACCCCGCGGGCCCCGCCGCCCCCGACCCCUGCGACUACGCGGGCCGGUUCGCCCGCCUGCACGGCCGCCCCCCGGGCUUCCUGCACUGCGCCUCCUUCGGGGACCCCCACGUGCGCAGCUUCCACCACCACUUCCACACGUGCCGAGUGCGGGGCGCGUGGCCGCUGCUGGACAACGACUUCCUCUUCGUCCAGGCCACCAGCUCGCCCGUGGCUCCCGGCGCCAACGCCACCGCCACCCGGAAGCUCACCAUUAUCUUUAAGAACAUGCAGGAGUGCAUCGAUCAGAAGGUCUACCAGGCGGAGGUGGACAACCUCCCCGCCGCCUUCGAAGAUGGCUCCGUCAAUGGCGGGGACCGCCCCGGGGGCUCCAGCCUGUCCAUCCGCACGGCGAACCCCGGCAGCCACGUGGAGAUCCGAGCCGCCUACAUCGGCACCACGGUGGUCGUCCGGCAGGCGGCCGGGCAGCUCUCCUUCGCCAUCCGGGUGGCGGAGGACGUGGCGCGGGCCUUCUCGGCCGAGCAGGACCUGCAGCUGUGCGUGGGCGGCUGCCCCCCGAGCCAGCGGCUCUCCCGCGCCGAGCGCAGCCCCCGGGGGGCGCUGAGCCUGGACGCCGCCCGGCGGCUGUGCAAGGCCGGGCUGCCGGUGGAAGACGCUUACUUCCAUUCCUGUGUCUUCGACGUUUCUGUCUCCGGGGACCCCAACUGGACGGUGGCCGCGCAGGCCGCGCUCGAGGACGCCCGAGCCUUCCUGCCGGACCUAGAAAAGCUGCACCUCUUCCCCUCGGAUGCCGGGGUCCCCCUCUCCUCGGCGGCCCUCCCAGCCCCACUGCUCCCCGGCCUCUGGGUCCUGUGGCUUGGCAUUCAGUAGCGAGGCCCUGGGCCCUGGAUUGGGUUGGAAAUGGUCUGGGGACAGAGAUGGGCCGGGGCAACAUAAAGAAUCGCUGAAGGGCCCUGGCCGGCCUUGGCCUGCGGGCUGAAGGGUCCAGGGUUUGAUUCCGGUCAAGGGCACAUGCCCGGGUUGCGGGACUUGAUCCCCAGUGUGGGGCGUGCAGGAGGCAGCCAAUCAAUGAUUCUCUGUCAUCAUGGAUGUUUCUAUCUCUCCCUCCCUCUCUGAAAAAGAAUCACUGAAGGAGACGGUGGGGACUGGGAGACACGUGCAACAAUGACAUUUAGCCAGAGUGAGACAAGGCUGCAGUCCAGCGGUGGAAAUGAUCCUAGAAUAAGGAUUCUGGAUCAGGUUUCUGCAUUCCACACAUCCCCUUAGGGACUCCACCAGUUUCCCUGGUCCCCUUUCCAGUAAGUGAACUGGCCCAGUCCAUCUGCUCCUGAGCUCACCCCUACCUACCAGUUUAGAGGUUAGAGUGGCCCUGAGGAUCGUAGAAAACGAGACUUUUAACAGGAAAGAACUAAAAGGUCAUCCUACCUAAUAACAGAGUGAUAUGCAAAUUGACCGUACCUUCGCUACACCCACAAGCCAC